GCCACUGGUGAGGGCUCCGGCAGUUUUUCUCAGCUUGCUGCUGAAUCCUCUCAUUCUUUUCCCGCUGAGGUUGCCGCUGCUGCUGUUGCUUCUUGUGGUGCUAGCGUGAUGCCUCCUCUUAUGGCUUCUCUCCCAGCCACGACCUAUUUGCAUGAACUAGUUAGAGAAUUCGGGCAAAUUAGGACGAAGUUGCAAUCCCCAAGGUGCCCUUCUGAGCCUCAACAUCUUCAAGAUCAGUGCAGGAUCUUCAAAGAAUUUAUGCAGAUGGACUUUUCUGCCUCCUUUAGCCUUAAGGCUCUUCAAGCUGCUGAGAGAGCUCUCACUGAAUUAUACCAAGCCCAGCAGAUGACUAAGGUGCAAUAUGAGUCCUUCAUUUCCUUCUUUAAAAAUCUAAGGGCCUUGAGGGAUCAACAUCUUAAGGCUGAGAGGCAAGCCAACAAGGUGAGAUGCUACAAGGAGAAGCACACUUGGACCUCCACUACUUUGCAGCAGCUGGUGGAGGAGGGCUCGACCAUGAAAGAUCGGAUAAUAGUGGUAGCUGCCGAGAUCCAGAAAUUGGAGGAACAACUUUGUGAUCUGAAGGCUGAGGAGACUACUCUCUCGAGCAAGCUAUACAAGAAGAUCGAGGAAGUGAACAUUAUACAUUCUUACGAGGAUUUUAUGCCUUAUUGCAAGUUCCUAAAAGAGGAACGAUUCGACACUUACCAGAUUCCUUUCCAUGGUUUCAAGAUGGAACAAUUCAAGCUAUUCUUGAACGACAACAAAGGAACAAUAAAGAUUGAAGGCCAACGUCCUAAGGGUGGAAGUAGAUGGAGCGGCUUCCGCCAAAAAUUCAAACUUCCUUGCAAUGUUUAUAACACUAAGGAUAUUCAUGCAAGUUUUGGCAAUGGUGUCCUUACCAUAAGACUGCCAAAAAGGGAACCAUUGAUGAUUUCGAAUUCCGACGACAAGUCUGAUCUAUUUGUCUACAACGGUAAGCUUUUCAGGCUGAAAAUCGGCAAAAGAGGAAUCCUCGGAUCAAUUGCACUUGUUGCUGUGGGCGUGGCUGUUGGAGGUUAUGUAAUCCUGAAACACUUGCCAUCUACGCAUGUUGUUGAGAAGCAUUAAUUAAAAGUCACUUGUUAUUUAAAUUUGUUCUAGGGUGUGUUAAGAUUGAACUUACCCAUGUGUAUACAAAUGAGCUCAUUCGUACUCUUCUCUUUUAUUUG